CAGCGGAUGUUGAUGUCUGAAAGAAAGUCAUUCCAUUUAUAAUGAACUAGUUUCUCUUGUGAAAACAUUGGCAUCGUACUUUACUUUUUUCGAGGUUUCUGAAGACCACUGGCUUAAUGAAUCUUCGUGGAUCGUGAUUACUGGGAUUCACUGAUGCUACCCAGACAUAGUCUACAGGAUCGUCUUGAUUGAUUCAGUUCUUUUUUGUCUUUGAGAUCAGGCAGGAGUUGUCUGCUCAGGGAAAAUGUCACUUUGUCUGACGGGAAAGACGGCUCUUGUAACGGGGUCCACUGGAAAGCUAGGUAAAACCAUUAUCAAAGAUUUAGUCCAAGCCGGAUGUUUCAUUAUAGCAACUGACCGCGUCCCUAGAUAUUCUGCUGACGAUUUCUUCGAGGAAUUAAAUGCUGUGUCCAAUGAAAAUAUGAUGUACAUUACAUGUGACCUGGCAUCAACAGAGGAUAUCGAAAACAUGUUCAGGGAAAUUGACAAAAAGCGACCCGAUGGUGUUGAUAUUUUUGUAAACAAUGCAGCAUCAUUUUGCUUUGGGUCACUAGUAGAGGACAUAACUCUGGAGCAAUGGUCCAGGGAGAUCUCAAUUAACCUCACAUCGGCAUUCAUGAUCACACAAUACGUCAUACCAAAAAUGAAAGAUAAAGGUUGGGGCCGUGUCAUAUACGUUUCUUCACAGCUGGGAUUAACAGCCAUACCCAAAGCGGCAGCUUAUAUAUCCUCCAAGUCUGGCCUCCUAGGUCUCACACGGGCUGUAGCUGUGGAAGUGGCUGACAAAGGAGUGACGGUCAAUGCUGUGUGUCCAGGACCAAUGGAUAGUGGAUUUAUUGAUGAUGUUGUCAAGACUCAUGCAGUUGAUAAGAAUGUAUCAAUACAAGAUGCAAAGCAAUUAGUACAGACAUACCUACCCACUAGAAGGUUUUCUAGUGCCACACAAAUUUCCUCCUUCAUUUUAUACCUGUGUUCACCUGGGGCCGACAACAUGACGGGGACGUCCACGUCGAUGGAUGGGGGUGUGAAUGCAAUGUGAAAAGGACGACAUUUCAUGAAAUUUCAUUUCAACUAAUUUCCGGUGAAUCAAAAUGGAUUUUAAAUAAAUAUCAAUGUUUACAACUAAAA